UUUACCGCGGCUGAGCACGGUAACUCCUUCAAAGAUAUCCUUCUCUGCGCUUGCAGACUUUUGACGUACCUCACCUCCGAUGACGUGAGAAUCGACGCGAGGGACGUUAAGGCGCUGUGGAAGUCUCUUGCGGCCUCUGAUCUCGGCGUUUCCACCGCCCUGAAGUACAUCGCCGCAAACGCCGCCACAAUCAUCAAAAACCGCGGCAAGGACGAGAUGAUCACCAUCCUCAGCACGCUGGCCACCCGGAUCGUUACGCAGGAAAAUAGGGAAAAGCUGGCCGAGCUCAAAAUCGCUGACAUCGGCGACGACGUUCUUAACGGCUUUUUGGCGACAGCAGACGUCAACCUGGCCUGGGGAAACACUUACCUCGCGAGCGUCGAGAGCUACCUGGUCGAAGCGGAUACCACGGUUGACCCUACUGCCUCAACUACCCCAACCACCCCCACUGCCCCCACUGGCCCCACUGUCCCCACGACUCCCACAGCCGCCCCUACGCCAUCCCCCGACUCGUACCGUUUGCCCUCGAGCAUUUCCCCAUCUGCCUACAUCCUUCACCUGGCCAUCACGGGUUUUGACUCCUUUAACGGCUCCGUCACCGUUGAUUUCCUUGCGUUGGACGAGGACGUGAAGUCCGUCGUGAUGCACGCCUCCGAUCUCACCAUCGGCAAAGUUAGGGUGUUCGAAAAAUACACCAACAAGGACGUUGUUGUCGAAGGCGUGAAGUCAAGUCCCGAGGUAGAGCAGAUCAGCAUCAACCUAGCGCAAGCAUUGCAGCCCGGAAUAACCACCUACUCUGUCGCCAUCGACUACACCGGCCCCGUGAGGAGCGACUUCACGGGACUGUACCACACGACCAUAGGCGACGGGGACCUGAUCGGUACGCAAAUGUACCCGGCGUACGCGCGACGCGUCUUGCCGUGCUUUGACGAGCCCCACUUCCGCACCCCCUUCAAGCUGAACGUGUUGCACGAGCAGAACCUGGUCGCGGUGUCGAGCAGCGCCAACCUGGAGGCACGACGCGCGCUGCGACGGGGCCUGCGCACUGCCAUCGUGGAGGACGACUACGAGGUCACGACGAACAUCCCGCUCGCGCAGGUCGGCCUCUUCCUCGUGGACUACAGGGAGUACAACAAGGUGGCGACCGACGGCAUGACUCUCGUCGGCCGGAAGGAGCUCGUCGAGGCCGCCAAGUCGUCCGGCGUGUUGGCCCAGGCGCAGACCCUCAUGUGGUGGUUCGGCAACGCCAGCGGCGUGGCCGCGGCGCCCGCGCACCUCAACCUCCUGGGCCUCUCCAGCAGCCUGGAUGACGCCGUCAGCACCUGGGGACUCGUUGCCAUGCGCGAGCGUAACAUGGCCGACAUGGACACAUCCCCGUCGUCGGGCGACAGCGAGCAGAACUGGCUCACGCAGCUGGCGCGCACGCUCUCCCAGAUCUGGUUCGGCGGAAUGGUGUCCCCCGACUGGUGGAGCUCGGCCUGGCUCAGUGAAGGCUUCGCCACCUUCUUCCAGUACUCCGUCCCGGCGACGCUGCAGCCGACAUGGCAGCUGCCCUAUCAGAUGUACACGCGCGCCAUCGCCCCCGCGCUGCACGCAGACUCGUUCGAGGGCGCGCACCCGCUCAACGCCGACGUCAGCGGCUCCCAGGAGACCAUCGCCGACGCACUCGACGUCAUUGCUUCCGGAAAAGGUGGCGCCGUGGUGCAGAUGCUGAGCCACGUCCUGGAAGACAACAACGCCUUCGACGCCGGCCUCAAGGCGUUCUUCAAGGACGGGGAGAAACUCCCCCACACAACCGUCCCGGACGAGCUGUACGCCGCCAUGGACAAGGCCGCGAAGCAGGUCAACGCCGACACCAAACUGCCCGCCGGCGCGACGCUCAAGGAGGCCAUCGGCACCUGGGUGGACGGCAGUGGAUACCCGGUGGUCAACGUCAUCCGCGACUACAACGCCAAGAAGGCUACCAUCAGCCAGGAGCGCUUCCUGCUGCACAGCCCGUCCUCGUCGCAGCAGAGUCUGUCGGGCAGCUGGUGGGUGCCGCUGUCCUACGCGCUCCGCGCCGAGUACAUGAGCAUCGACUACACGCCGAAGGUGCCCUUGAAGACGUGGCUGGCACCGGGGCAAGACCUCACCAUCGACCUCGCGGACAACAGCGAUUGGCUGCUCGUCAACGCUGACCGGAGAGAGUUCUUCCGCGUCAACUACGACAUCCGCAACUGGAAGAUGCUCGGCGACUACAUGCUCGAGUACCACCAGCUGGUGGAGACGGUGGCGCGCGCCAUGCUGGUGGACGACGCGCUGGCGCUUUCGCGCUCGGGCCGCCUGGAUUACCCCGUCGCCCUCAAGUUCCUGGACUACCUCCGGUUGGACGUGGACCUGGCGCCUUGGGAGGCAGCGCGGCGAGGCUUCGACUACCUGGACGCGCAGCUGCUCGGCUCCCGGCACGAGGCCGUGUACAAGACGUGGCUGCUCCAGCUGCUGGAUGCGGCCGUAGAGGAGGCGGGCUUCGUACCGGAGGACAGGGACUCGCACACGCAGCGGCUGACCAGGGCCGUGGUGACGGCGUGGGCCUGCGACCUGGGCCAGGAGUCCUGCACCCGCUACGCGAAGCGCGACUUCGACACCUGGAUCACCGAACCCAACGGCGUGAGCCACGACACCCUGGCGGCCGUGGUGUGCGUCGGGCUGCGUAACGGUGACGCCGACACGCUCAAGACCGUCACCGCCAGGCUGGCCGCCGAGGAGGACGACGCCCAGCGAGCAGCCAUCAUCCAGGGACUCGGAUGCGGCGGCAACGUGCACGCCCUGUUCGACCUCACGGUCCGCCCUGGGCUGCGACGCGGCGAGCCCGCCCUCCUGUGGGGCUCCGCGACACGCUUCCGGCCCGCAGACGUGACCCAGAGCAUGCACUGCUUCACGAACAUGCACAAGCGCGUCGCCGCUCAGUACGGCAGGGCGAGCAUCGUGGACAUCGCGAGGGUCCUGGCCAACCGCGUUACCACCCAGACUCAGCUUGACCUGCUCACCGCGCUGGUGUCGGACAUCGAUGCGUCGCUCCUGCAGGGCGCACUGCUCCUCGCGAAGGACAACGUGGCCUGGAGGGAGGACAACCUGGAUGCCGUCGCCGACGUGCUUUACGAGCUGACCAACACCCCGGACCCGGACCUACCCACGUCCCCGACGACCUCGACCACGACCACGACGACGAUGACCAUCCCUACGGGCCCCGUGCCCACGGACCCCGCCACCGUCACCGCCUCCACAGGCACAACCUCCACCUGGACCCUGCCGCCCUCCGUGUCCACGUCCACCGCCACACUGCCGACGUUGGACCCCGUCACUGUUCCCCCGGGAACCGGGCCCACCGACCCUGCGACUGGCAGCACGGCGUCGACUGGAACCUACUUUACCCUUCCCCCGACUAGUCCGACAACCCCGGUCACCCUGCCGCCUGUGCCAACCGGUGGGCCCUCUUCGACUUCGCCUGCUACUACUGCAACCCCUGGUCCACCGCCAACCCCGGUGGUGCCAACAAAGAAGCCGAACUCAUCCAGCGGUCUCGCCACGAACACAGCUCUGCUGUUAGCUGGAAUUGUCGCCAUCAUUUUACAUUAAACCAUCGCCGCAUUAUUUUUUAAUAAAUGGAAAAGACAGCG